AUGAGCCCAAGGAACGACUCCGGUUUCAAGGUCGAGCCUUUCGACGGCUCGAACUCUGGGUUGUGGAGUUACAAGAUGAAGAUGUACCUGAUGUCGAAGGGGCUGUGGGGCGCGAUAGCGGGCGAUGAGACAAUGAGUGAGGCCAAGGAACAGCAAGUCCACGCCGCGAUCGUGCUUAAUCGGAGCGAUUCGCAGCUGAUGCAUGUCAUCGACUCUGCCACUGCAAGAGAAGUGUGGGGACAUUUGGCGCGGUUUCAUCACAGUCAUGACAUGGCGAAUCGACAUUGGCUGAAAGAACUGUUGGCCUCGUUCAAACAUGCAGCAUCAAGCAUGAGCGGUUAUGCGAUGGAGCUGGAGGACCUCGUGAAGCGCGCGAACUGCGGUCCAAGUGAAGAGGACGUGUGCGCAGUACUGUUGCGGAGUCUACCUUCAAGCUUCGAGAGCUUGAAUGAGGCUGCACGGAUAGAGGAUGCAACGGCGCUCUACGCAGGCACGAGGAAGAGUAAGCAGUACCCGAAGAAGCAACAAGGACGGCGCGCGAAAGGACCAUCAGGGACCUGCUACAACUGUGGCAAGGUCGGACACUACACCAGAGAUUGUCGCUCCGGUCGAGGGCCAAGGGAGCACCAGCAUGACCAGUCGAAUGUCGCGUUCAAUGCCAGCGAAGGUUUCGCGAGCGACAGCUGGGUCAUGGACAGUGCGGCGUCAGCACACAUGUGCAAGGAUCGAGAUGCGUUCGAAGAUUACGAAGAAGUGCAUCAUGCGCGAAGUAUCUCAAGCGCAAAGAGCAACGUGAAGCUGAAUGUCAUUGGACAUGGGAAAGUGAAGCCGCGCGUCUGGACAGGGCAUGCGUGGAUCGAAGCUCGCCUUGAGAACACACUUCACGUUCAAGAUUCGUCCAAGAACCUGUUUUCGCUCACGGCUGCGGCAGCGCGCGGCAUGACAGUGGAGAUAACGCGCAACGAGUGCGUGGUGAAGCAUGGCAGGAAACCCGUCGCAACAGGACGGAAGCAGGAUUUCCUACUGUAUCUCAACGCUGACUAUUGUACGGAGUGCCACAUGGCCGAAGACGAGACUGAGCUAUGGCAUAGAAGACUGGGCCACGUGUCGUAUGGUACUCUGAAUGCCAUGAUUAGUGACGUAAGGAUCAAGGGCGCAACGAUGAAGACGAACGUUGCGUGUGACGUAUGCGCAACGUCAAAGCAAGUGCGCAAGUCAUUCAAGACAAGUGAAGAAGACGCUGAAACCAGGGAGAGUUCGCGUUCCGACGUGGUGGUGUGCUCCGGCGUUCUCGGACCUAUCACGCCAGCGUCCAAGUCUGGUUUCAGUUACGCCGUAACCUUCAUCAUGAUGAAGAGCAGGUAUGUAACGGUCUAUCCGUUGCGAAAGAAGAGCGACGUUGCGAGUGCGUUCAAGCGGUUUUACCAAGAUAUCAAGACAGCAUCUGGAACGAAGAUAAAAGUGUUGCGAAGUGAAAACGGCGGCGAAUACCGGAACGAAACGAUGAACAACUUUUGCAAGGCAAAGUUCAUCAAGCAAGAGUUCACGGUUCCGUACAACCCAGAGCAGAACGGGAUGGCGGAGCGGAUGAACCGCACGCUGGUGGAGAUGACGCGCUGUAUGCUCAACGAAAGCGGCCUCGACAAGUCGUACUGA